UGAGCGGCUCCCCGCGCCCCAGCGCGCCCUGCAGCCGCGGCCCGGCCCCAGCAUGGAGACAGCGGAGAAGGAGUGCGGCGCCCUGGGCGGGCUCUUCCAGGCCAUCGUCAACGACAUGAAGAGCUCCUACCCCAUUUGGGAGGACUUCAACUCCAAGGCCACGAAGCUGCACUCCCAGCUGAGGACCACCGUGCUGGCUGCUGUGGCCUUCCUAGAUGCCUUCCAGAAAGUAGCUGACAUGGCCACCAACACCCGAGGGGCCACACGGGACAUCGGCUCGGCACUCACACGCAUGUGCAUGCGCCACCGCAGCAUUGAGACCAAGCUGCGGCAGUUCACCAAUGCGCUGCUGGAGAGUCUCAUCAAUCCACUGCAGGAGCGCAUUGAAGACUGGAAGAAGUCAGCCAACCAACUGGACAAGGACCACGCAAAAGAGUACAAACGAGCCAGGCAUGAGAUCAAAAAGAAGUCUUCUGACACGCUGAAACUACAAAAGAAAGCACGCAAAGAGCUACUUGGGAAAGGAGACCUGCAACCACAGCUGGACAGUGCCCUACAGGACGUCAAUGACAUGUAUCUACUGCUGGAGGAGACAGAGAAGCAGGCAGUGCGCCGGGCACUGAUCGAGGAGCGGGGCCGGUUCUGCACCUUCAUUACCUUCCUGCAGCCUGUGGUGAACGGCGAGCUGACCAUGCUGGGAGAGAUCACCCACCUGCAGGGCAUCAUUGACGACCUGGUGGUGCUGACCGCGGAACCCCACAAGCUGCCUCCCGCCAGUGAGCAGGUGAUCAAAGAUCUGAAGGGCUCUGACUACAGCUGGUCCUACCAGACCCCACCCUCAUCACCCAGCAGCUCCAGUUCUCGGAAGUCCAGCAUGUGCAGUGCCCCCACCAGCAGUAGCAGUGCCAAGGGUGGCGGAGCCCCAUGGCCUGGGGGUGCCCAAACAUACUCACCCAGUUCCACCUGUCGCUACCGCAGCCUGGCGCAGCCAGCCAGCACCCGCCUCUCCAGCGUCUCUUCCCACGACUCUGGCUUCGUCUCCCAGGAUGCCACCUACUCCAAGCCCCCCUCACCCAUGCCUUCAGAUAUCACCAGCCAGAAGUCCUCCAGCUCCGCGUCCUCCGAGGCCUCAGAAACGUGCCAGUCUGUUAGCGAGUGCAGCUCCCCCACCUCGGACUGGACCAAGGCCGGUCCCCACGAGCAGCCCUCAACCACCACUCUGCAGCGGAGGAAGGACCGAGUGGAGCUUCUCCGAGACACAGAGCCAGGCCCCGCUGGUGGAGGUACUGUGGGCUCCAGUGCAGAGGAGGGACCACGACCACGGAUGUCCCCUGCCACCAUAGCAGCCAAGCACGGUGAGGAGGUGUCCCCAGCAGCCAGCGACCUGGCCAUGGUGCUGACCCGAGGACUGAGCCUGGAGCACCAGAAGAGCAGCCGGGACUCCCUGCAGUAUUCCAGUGGCUACAGCACGCAGACCACAACACCCUCAUGCUCCGAGGACACCAUCCCCUCUCAAGGCUCAGACUAUGACUGCUACUCUGUGAAUGGGGAUGCAGACAGCGAGGGCCCCCCUGAGUUCGACAAAUCAUCCACUAUCCCUCGCAACAGCAACAUUGCCCAGAACUAUCGCCGCCUGAUCCAGACCAAGCGCCCUGCAUCCACCGCUGGGCUGCCCACUGCUGGGCUCCCCACAGCCAUGGGCCUACCCUCAGGCGCACCCCCAGGUGUGGCCACCAUCCGCCGCACACCCUCCACCAAGCCCACUGUGCGCCGUGCCCUGUCCAGCGCCGGCCCCAUCCCCAUCCGGCCACCCAUCGUUCCUGUGAAGACACCCACAGUGCCCGACUCCCCUGGCUAUGUGGGGCCCACGCGGGCAGGCAGUGAGGAAUGUGUCUUCUACACGGACGAAGUGGCCUCACCUCUGGCUCCAGACCUGGCCAAGGCCUCCCCAAAGAGGCUCAGCCUGCCCAACACAGCUUGGGGCAGCCCGUCCCCAGAGACAGCCAGCUAUACAGGGGCUGGGGCCGGGCCGGCGACUGAGGAUGACGAGGAGCAACAGCUGGCUGCCAACCGGCACAGCCUGGUGGAGAAGCUUGGGGAGCUGGUGGCCGGUGCCCAUGCCCUGGGUGAGGGCCAAUUCCCCUUUCCCACUGCCCUGUCAGCCACCUCUACAGAGGAGACGCCCACCCCACCCCCUGCUGCCACCAGUGACCCCCCAGCUGAAGACAUGCUGGUGGCCAUCCGACGCGGGGUCCGGCUUCGCAGGACCGUCACCAACGACAGGUCGGCACCCCGAAUCUUAUGAUGGCACCACCCUGUAUGGCCGUGGCACUAACAGGUGGCCUGGUCUGUGAAGGGCAGCCACUCUGAGCAACGGCACAGCGAGGAGAGAGAACAGCACCAGGAAUGAGGCACAGCCACUUUAUGAAAAGAGACAUCUAGGCUGGAUCUCAGUGGCUCACAGAAGUGACUUCCUUAACACCUUGCCAGGACAGCGCCUGCAGGCCUGGAACUGGUUCUGGAGCCUGUUUUAUACUUUUCUUGCCUACUCUUCCUCCUCUUCCUCCCUGCAGGCCCUGCCUUGUCCAAAGCCUAGAGCCCACAACCAAGGGCUGGGCCUGCCACCUGGGUCCCACCUGGCCUGGGGUCCACAAUUCUGUUCUAGCCACGCUGCCCCCCCACCCACCCAGGGCCAUAUGCCCAGCUCUCCUUGAAUGCUGGCUCCCUCCUGUCCAUGCCUGAGCCCCCUCCCCCUUCCCUCUUGCCUUCUCUCUGCUGCUCCUGGGCUCCCCUCUCUUGGGGGUUAGGGUGAUCAUAGAGAGGCCAGGCACUCAGUCAGCUGAGAAUCCAAUUUGUGACUAGAGUUAAGGAAACAGUCUGAUGUUGGAAGACAGGCCCACUCAGAGGGAAAGAGAGCCUAGAAAGAGAAGACAUAGGGGCCUUGUCUCAGGGGAUCCUCCAACUCCCCUCCCUCUGUGAGGUGUUGCUUGUGGAGGCCAGGCAGGGCUACAUGGAAAGGAGUCCAAAGACCCACACAGCUGUUUCAGCAUCUGGACAUGCUGAGACUUUAACUUGGGUGGGGUGGCAGGGAGGCACUUUGGAUUCACAUUUUCAGCCACUGAUGGGGAUGGAGGCUGGAGCGUUAGGGAGUGUGAGGUUAUUUUAUGCGAAUAAAAUGGAGCUGACCCCAGACAAAGACUGUGUGUAGGGUAAGCUGGUGGUACAGGGUGUAUCUGAGUGCCUGAGAGACAAAUGUGGAGUGCCCGCUGUAGGCCCAAGGCAAGAGAAGGCUGGAAUUGGCUCCCCCAAACUAGGAGGAGACUGCUCUUCUCUCCCGUGUCUCAAGUGUUGGUAGAAUCAGGCUGGAGAGGCAGGCGGGGGGCCUCUGGCCCAUCUGCUGUGGUCAGAGUGAGCUGCAGGCCCAGCUUGGAGCAAGUCUGCAGAGGCUGGCUUUGACUCUCUGUUGCCAGAGGAGAUGCCAUCCCCUGACUGGGGAUGGCAGCAGCGGGGUGGAAGAGUGGCAGCCUCCACUCUGCAACCAAGUCUGAGCAAGUCAAAGCAUGUGAGUCUAAGGUGAGAGGAGGGAUCCAGGAGGUUCGGGUCUGUAGAACAGACAGCAGACUCCAAGGCAGCAUCCCCCCCAGUUGGGAGAGCAGCUUGCCUUGGUCUGGAUGGAAUGGAGUUGGGGCUGGUCUGGCUGCUCAGGGGUGCUCUUAUGCCGUGGUCCUAGCGGGGCACCCAAGUGGAUCUGGAAAAGCAGGAAUUCCUGUGUGUGGAUGGAGUUCCUGCUGGGCUUCUUGAGGCUGCCAGAGAAUGAUCUCAGGGUCUCAGGCAUGCCAUACUGAGCACCUGGCCCACCCAACUCAGGUGUCACCAGACCCCCAGGUAUAGAGGCCAAGAAUGCAGAUGACCAGAUGGAGAAUUCUAGAGGUGGAAUUUCGGCCACAUCCCCCAACCCCCCCCCCCAGGGCUGUCAAAGGGCCAGAAAGGGAUAUGGAAAGUGGGGUGGGCAGAUACAGCCCCUGCGCUUGGAGUGGGGCUGAGUUCUGGAUAGGGAGUCCCUGUAAGGAUAGACUUGGUGGCUCCAGGCCCCGAUGGGAAGGGAGACCGGGGCUUCCCCAGGAGGGGGUGGGGUAGCACAGCCCCCCACAUUUCGCCUUUCCUUCCCCUCCAGGGAUGUACAUACUCCAUCCCCUCGUCUACCUGCAACUAGCCCCUCUCCCUACCAACCACCUCCUCUUCCAUUUAGUGACCACCUCAUACGUAGGCCCACCCCCUUGGGAUCCGAGCCAACCAUCCUGCAUCACAGACUUUGGUUUGGGGGACUUCUUUACGUUUGUUUUAUUUUUCAUUUUGUACAGAGAAAUACUCUUCAAACGCGUCUUUUGACUGAAGUAACUUUUUCUGGUGCUGUUGUUAACUUGUUCCUUUUUUUAAUUUAUUUUGCCACUUUUCCUGGUUCUUACUCACCCUUCCUCCCCCCACCCCACUCUUCCCUGCCCUUACAUCCCAUCUGAACCACUGUUUUUCUUUUCUUUCUGUCGAUUUUUGGAUAAAUUCUUCUCUUCCCCCGCCCCCCACAUCCAUCCUCUCCUUGAUUUAAAUAGUCACUGCUACAAGUAACAAACGCACUGUGAAGAUUCCAGUAUUAAUAAAGUGGUACUGUAGUUAACACUC